UAAAAAUCUCGUUCGCUUAAACCCUACUCCGAGCAUCCUCCUCUUCUCCCCCAACACCAUCGCGUAGUAGAGAUGCUCCCCUUUUUCCCCUCGCUCCCCAACCAUGGCGGCAACGACCCACCUCUCCAACAGGGGAUGAUGAUUCCGCACUUGCCCAAUAGCCCAAACCCCCAAUUCCCAGCUCCAAUGAUGGGGAAUUUGAGUAACCCAAACGCCCAUCUGAGCAAUUUGGGUGGGAACGCCAUGGGCAUGCCCAAUCAGCAGCAAAUCUUUCAGAAUAGCCCUAACAUGCCGCCGAUGGCGCAGAAUAAUCAGAUGGGUAUUGGUGUUCUCCCCCCAAAUGGGAGCUUUGGGUUGAACCAAGUCAUGGCUCUGCAGCUUCUGGGGCAAGCUGCUGGUUUGCAGCAGAGCUUGCCGCAGUUUCAGAAUCAGUUGCAAAAUCUAAACUUUCUCUCGUCGGUGCAGUUGGGCGGCCAAUUUUUGGCGAAUAAUCUUGCUCAGAGCAUGAACCAAUUCGCGGCCGGUGCGAACGGGCAGUUGGGUGUGAACAUCCCGGUGCUUUUUAGUGGCACAACCGCCCCGAAUUCGGGCUCUUUUGGUAAUUCUAAUGGUAUGAGUCCCAAUUUUGGGGAUGCGGUGGCAUGUGUCGACGCUGUGAAUCAUGAGGUGAAUAAUGGGCAGUUAGCUUCCAAUCAUGAGAUGGGUAGUAGAAAUCACAACUUUCGUGGAAUUGCUCCAAACUCUGGGUUCGGCAGCAACCCCAAUAUGGCUAUGUCCAGUUCGAAUGCGAACUUUCGUAAUGCAGCGUCUAACGGUGUGAACUGCCAUGCGAUGGGUCAGGGUGUUAAACACGGAACACCUAUGGCUGCGACGAAAUUUCGACCGCCUUUCUCCCGCAGCCUAUCGCAAAGUGAUGGUAAUAAUAUGGUCAACUGUGGUGAAGCUAAUGGUUCUGGAGUCUCAAAUUUAAGAAAUGAAUAUUCUACAAGAAAAAACUUCAGAACAAAUCCAAAAGGACAUGAAAUAGGAGGGAUAUCAAAUGUUAGGACUCAAAAACCUCAAUUUCAUCAUGCGACCAAUGGGAAGUGGAACGCAAAGCCAUAUAAUAGAACUGGUGGAAGAGGUCAUAACAAUGGGAGAGAAGGAAAAUCUAACUUUCCAAGUGGCGGCAGUUCAGCUUCUACAGAGCGACGAAGGUUUGUUCCUAUUAUCUAUAGCGAACAUGAAAUCAAACAGUGGAUUGAAGCACGCAAGAAGAACUUUCCGACUUGUGCCAACAUUGAGAAAAAGAAGUUGGCUUUGAAUGGGACAAAUGGUGAGGAUGCCGAAGAGAAUACCAAAUUAUGUCGUCAGCAACUCAAAGAAGUUUUAGUCAAGCAGGCGGAAUUGGGCUUCGAAGCUCCUGAGAUUCCACCUGGAUAUCUUUCCGAACCUGAGGGUCAGCUCAAUGGAAAACCGAACGAGAGGAAAACUCUGAAUAGGUCCGAUGGAAGCUUGAACAGAUACAAUAACAAGAGGGGCAAAUAUAAUCAACGAGAUAGGCGCGGUAAAAAGCCGAAACUAAAGAAAGAACCUACAACACCAGCUCCAGUUGCGAGAGAACCAACCCUUUUGCGGAAGCUUCUAAACACCGAAAUCAAAGGAGACAAAAGCCGGCUUUUGCAAGCAUUCAGAUUCGUGCUUCUGAAUUCCUUCUUCGAGAGCUGGCCCGAGAAGCCAUUGGAGUUUCCAUCCAUCACAGUACAAGAUACUAUAUACGCAAGUACAGCCGUUUUAGGAGCAAACCCAUCUCCGAACGAUAUGGGUGUUUCUAAUUUUCGCAAAACCGAUGAUCAAAAAGACUUGCAUGUAGUUGUAGAACAAAAUGAAGGUGGUGAUUAUAGUACCAAUGAUACUGACAUGUACUGUGAUUUUGCGGGUAAGGAGAAUUUAAAAGAUUCGAAUGUAGUUGAUGAAGCUGAGAGUAGUUCAGGUGAGGAUGAGAGUGAUAGUGUUAGUGAUGAUACUGAGCAGUUAGAGGACUCAGAGGAAGGAGAAAUCACCGAGUAAAAGAGAUUUUGCAUCCAAUCUAUUUUUCCCUGUGUAUGUGUUAUCUGUGAUUUGAGACUACAGAUUAUGAUUCCACUUGAAUUCUAACUAUUGUUGUUGAAUGCAUUGAGAGAGGAGGAAGCUGUCUUUUCUGUUAUGAUUGGGCUUAUUUGAUUAGAAA